GGCCCUUGCAGUUCGGAGUCGCGGAACCCGCGCGAUGAAGUGCGUGUUUGUUACUGUAGGGACCACCAGCUUUGACGACCUCAUUGCGUGUGUAUCGGCUUACGACAGUCUACAAAUAAUCAAGAAACUUGGUUACAACCGACUUGUCCUACAAAUAGGUAGAGGAAAGGUGGUGCCUGAAUCAUUCAGUACAGAGUCUUUUACUCUGGAUGUUUACAGGUACAAGGAUUCAUUGAAAGACGACCUUCAAAAAGCAGAUCUUGUUAUUAGCCACGCAGGUGCAGGAAGUUGUUUGGAGACUCUGGAAAAUAGAAAGCCACUUGUAGUGGUUAUAAAUGAAAAAUUGAUGAACAAUCACCAGCUAGAAUUGGCAAAGCAGCUUCACAAGGACGGCCAUCUCUUCUACUGUACCUGCAGCACGCUUCCUGGGCUGUUACAGUCAAUGGACUUAUCAACACUGAAAUGUUUUACUCCUGGCCAGCCAGAAAAAUUUUCUGCAUUUUUGGAUAAAGUUAUCAAGAAUUGCCAAGAUUCUUCUGCGCUGACUCCCAGCGCCUUCUCAUGCCUAGACUUUGAGCUGCUUUCCGGAUACCUGAAUAAGCAAGCCCUUGUCACUGCUACCCAUUCUGCCUGCACCCUGCUUUUUCCUUUUUGCUACUCUUGCGUUCUUCUCCCUCACGUUUCUACCCUGUGCACAAUGCAUAAAGGAUGGAAAAAGUUCUGCGGCCAGAAGUCUCUGAAUGAGACCUCAAUGGAUGAAUAUUUAGGCAGCUUAGGGCUGUUUCGAAAGCUGACUGCCAAGGAUGCCUCUUGCCUCUUUCGUGCUAUUUCGGAGCAGUUGUUCUGCAGCCAGGUCCAUCAUUUGGAUAUCAGGAAGGCUUGUGUCUCUUAUAUGAGGAAAAAUCAACGAAAUUUUGAGUCUUAUGUGGAGGGAUCUUUUGAGAAGUACCUGGAACGAUUAGGAGAUCCCAAGGAAAGUGCUGGCCAGCUGGAAAUAAGAGCUCUUUCACUAAUUUACAAUCGAGAUUUUAUUCUUUAUCGAUAUCCUGGAAAGCCUCCAACUUGUGUCACAGAAAAUGGCUAUGAAGAUAAGAUUCUUCUCUGUUAUUCAAGUAAUGGCCAUUAUGAUUCAGUGUAUUCAAAACAAUUUCAGUCAAGUGCAGCUAUUUGUCAAGCUGUAUUGUAUGAAAUUCUCUAUAAAGAUGUAUUUGUUGUGGAUGAAGAAGAGUUGAGGACUGCAAUUGAACUGUUUCGAAGUGGUUCCAGGAAGAACAGAAAUAUUGCUGUGACUGGCAGUGAAGAUGCACAUAUUGACUACAAGAGUUCAUCUCAGGAUAGGACUGAAGAGUGGGGUGCCAUCUGCCCUGUUGAAAAUAUACCAGCAGGGUGCAGUCAAGGAACAGAAGAAGCAAAGUCUCCAGGAAGUCCAUCAAAGAUGCUCUUCCCCUAUAAGGUGCUCAAAGCCUUGGAUCCAGAAAUCUAUCGGAAUGUAGAAUUUGAUGUUUGGUUGGACAGUAGAAAAGAACUUCAAAAAUCUGAUUUUAUGGAGUAUGCUGGGAGACAAUACUUUUUGGGAGACAAGUGUCAGGUUCGCUUGGAAUCAGGUGGAAAAUUUUAUAAUGCUCAUAUUCAGGAAGUUGGAAAUGAGAACAAUUCAGUAACCGUCUUCAUUGAAGAACUAGCAGAAAAGCAUGCUGUUCCACUGGCAAACUUAAAGCCAAUUACCCAAGUGACACCCGUUCCUGCCUGGAAUGCUUUGUCCAGUCGGAAAGGAAGAGGUUACCAGAAAAUACCUAUGAGCUAUGUCCCAGAAAUGGCUAUAUCAGAAAUGGACAUGAAACAACGGAAGAAGAUGUUCAGAAAAGUUAGAGGGAAGGAGGUUUAUAUGUCUAUGGCUUAUAGCAGGGGAGACCCUCUACUCCCACCCAGGCUACAACACAAUAUGCACUAUGGGCAUGAUCCUUCAUUGCACUACUCACAGACAACUGGCAAUGUUAUGACUACUGAACAUUUUCAUCCUCAACAUUCAUCCCAGAGACAAGGCCGGGGCUUUGGGGGACCCAGGGAUUCAUCUCGAUUUAUAAAUAGGAGCAACAUGGUGACCCCUAAAGUUGGUUUUUACCCUGCCCCAGGUAAAAGGUGCUGCCAGAGCUAUGAUAACUUCUCCUAUAGAUCUCGUUCCUUUAGGCGUAGUCACCGCCAGAUGCAUUGUAUGAAUAAGGAAUGUCAGUAUAGCUUUACCCCAGAGAAUGGACAAAUACCCAGGGACUUGGAACAAACCAUUUCUUAUUAUGAAGUUGAAGAAGGGGAUCAAACUUCAUAUCCAACUUUACCUAAUCAUGGAGGUCUCUCUUCAGUGGUUCCCACUACUUCAAGAUACUGUGUUGCAAGGCGAGGCCAUAGUUCAGGCAAACAGACUUUGGAUUCAGAGGAGGUUGAUGGCCAGAAUGACAAUGGUGGAUAUCCUGAAGAAUAUAUUUAUCCUUCAGAACCAGACUAUGAAACUUCAGGUGUUUAUAGCACAACUGAAUCUACAGCAAACUUGUCUCUUCAGGACAGAAGACCAUGUUCUGUCUCUGCUCAGGAUACAGUUACCUCAUAUAACUACUCCCAGAAGGGGAUGGUAAAUUCUGCAGCAAUUGCAGCUUCCUGUGCCAAUAAAGUUCCAGCUCCAGACUUAUCUAACUGUGCAGCAGCUAAUCAACCUAGUAGUACCACUUCAGUUUCUUCAUCGAAUGCUAUACAGCCUCUAUUUGUAUCUUCACCUAUACAAGGCAGGCCAGUGGUUGCUUCACCAUCCUAUCCAUACUUUUCUGCUACUCCUAUACCUGCUGCCACAAUUCCACCACCUCUCCCUCCUCCUCCUCCUCCUCCUCCUCCUCUUGAGGUGGGAGGAGCAUCAAAUUUACCACCACCACCUCCACCUUACUCUUGUGAUCCAAGUGGUAGUGAUCUUCCUCAAGAUACAAAAGUUUUGCAAUACUAUUUCAAUCUGGGAUUACAGUGCUAUCACCACAACUACUGGCAUGCCAUGAUAUAUGUGCCACAGAUGCAGCAGCAGCAGCUUCAUUUAGAAAAUUAUCCAAUCUAUACUGAAUCACCUUCUCUGGUAGAUCAAACUGCUCCUCACAUUAGUGAGAUGGGGAGACAAGACGGCAUACAGGCAGAAGCAUCAGCAAAUGGCACUUAUACAAAUGUUGACCCUGCAUCUGUCCCUCAUGGAACAGUCUAUUAUCCAGUGAUGUCAGAUCCCUAUGGGCCAACUCCUUUGCCAGCCUUUGAUUCCUGCAUUCCUGUUGUGCCAGAUUAUCCCUAUAAUGCCCCCUGGCAUCCAGUUGGUGCACCAUAUGGUGGCCCUUCUCAUCUCCAUGGUGCUAUGAAUCCUGGGCCUGUUGGCUAUAUUGCUUCACCUCCCUCAGCCUCUCAUUAUGUACCUCAGAAUAUGUAAGAAUAAGCAGUAUGGUGUAUUCUUGCACUGCCAUUUUUCUUGCUGUUGAUUUUUUUAAAAGUAUUUCAUGUUUAAGUGAUAGAGGUGAUUAGAGUGGUUACCCUUGUGUUUGUAUUUAAGGUUAUUUUAGCUUUUGAUUUAAAAUUGUACUUUAAAAGAAUUAUUACUUUGGGUUGUUAAUAAGAAAAUUGAGACAUGUACAACUAUUGAGCAUACUUUAUUGCAUUCAGCUAUUCUGUCAUUGAGCUUGUUAGCUUUGUUUGCUGAUGGUUCCAAUUGAUAAAUAAGACAUUUGCCUUGAUUCAAAUGUCAUACCGUAUAUCAAACCACAUAAAACUGGAAUGACUUACACUUUUCUAUUAAAAAAAGCUAAGAAGCUUUGCUUUUUGAUAACUGUCUUAAGAUUAAAUGGAAAAGCUCUUCAGAUUUCUUUAAAAUUGUCUGAACUUAUGUUAAUCAGUUUUGAAGGCACAUGGUGCUCUACUUUAGAUUUAUUCCAUAUGCUCUUGUUUAAUAUUGGAUUUACAUAACUGUUUUACUGCACAGUAUUGAAUUGGUGUCCUUUGCACAGUUAGCAGUAAAUAAAAUUAGCAUUUAAAUUUGCUGAAA